AUGCAAACCGAUCUCCACAAAAUCAUUGUUUCACCUCAGCCCCUCUCAUCAGACCACGUGAAGAUCUUUCUCUACCAGAUCCUUCGAGGUCUCCGAUACCUCCACUCUGCUGGUAUUGUGCACCGCGACAUCAAACCCGGUAACAUGCUUGUCAACUCCAAUUGCCUUCUCAAGAUCUGUGACUUUGGUCUCGCAAGAAUGGAUGACCCCAAGAACCAGGCACAACUCACUCAAGAAGUUGUAACACAGUACUACCGUUCACCUGAACUCCUAAUGGAGGCCUCCCGGUACUCCUAUGGUGUCGACAUAUGGAGUGUUGGAUGCACCUUUGCCGAGCUCCUCAGUCGUCGUAUUCUUUUUCCGGUAAGCGUCUGUUAA